UACAAGACUCUCAGAACGUGAAGUCAAGGGCUCUCAGAUUCAGAAGGUUACUAGAACAACAGACUGGCACCCCAAAGGAGAACUUUACGGAGACUUGCAACAUACCAACAAGUUGGAAGGAGAUAAAACACCUUCAAUAAUCAACAACCCCAAGAACCAGGCAGAGGGAAAAAUUCUAACCUGCACAGGCAGACUGGAAGCUGGUUGGGAGCUGGCUGAGGAGGACAACUGGAGAGAGCAAGUUAAGUACAAGCUUGGGUUCUUGUGCCCCUGGAUUCUUUUUGCAUUUUUAGAGAAUAAGCAUCAUCUUGUGUGUCUCUCUAUAUAAAAGUUCUUCUAGCAAUUCGUUUGGAGGUAAAUGCAUUUUGAGUUAAGGGCUACAGAGAGAAGGCAGCUCUGAGAGAAGGAAGAAGGAGACAGAGCUGAAAAUUAGAGAAUAAGAUUAUUCUUAAUGACUCCAGGUAGCUAGGGGGGUGUGUUUGCGAGUGAGUGUGCAUUUGAGAGAAUUUGGCUCAGGUUCAUGGGGCCCUCUUUUAGGAUCAGAGAGGGGAGGGGCUAUUGAAGAAGAAGAAGAAAAAAAAAAGAAACCUGAGCUCUCUGGGAGGAAAUUUAUAGGAACCAAGAGAAAUCAACAUCAUUCUGCAAAGAUUAAAGUAGAGCAAGAAGAGAGGUCAAGGGAGCACUUUGAGGUGAGGAGAAGCCCACAGAGUGGAGGAGCCCGGAAGCCACGCUAGCAGAGGAGGAUCCAGGGCAGGUAGUGAGAAGAGGUGCUCUCUGCAGCUGCUUAAGAAAGUUUGGUCUGUGGACAAAACACUUUCCCUGGUGACUGUAGAUCUGUUGUUAGCUGCCUCUUUCUCUCCUCCCCAUCAUUCCAGUGUGGUACCCAGAAGUUGACUUCUGGUUCUGUAAAAACUGCUGGAGGGAGGUAUGAUGAGCUUAAAGGUCCUGAGAAUAAGCCUGGUGAUUCUGGCUGGAUGGACAUUCAGUCCUGCCGACUCUGAGCUGGACUGGACGCACAAGAAAUCCUUGGCCCAGAGGGGGCACCUGAAUCAGGUGCUGUUGGAAGGGGAACGUUGUUGGCUGGGGGUCAAGGUUCGAAGACCCAGAGCUGCUCCCCAGCAUCACCUCUUUGGGGUUUACCCCAGCAGGCCUGGGAACUACCUGAGACCCUACCCUGAGGGGGAGCAGGGAACCCACCAUGCAGGACACAGUAAGACAGACAGCGAGGAGAAGGCAGUGAGCCAUGUUCUCCAAGACCUGACUGGAAAUUCAGCAGGAGUGAGGAGUAAGGUUGAGCAGCCAGCUGUCCCGUGGGUAGGGGAUGGUCCGAUUGGGCAAUCAGAGCUGCUGGGAGAUGAUGACACUUAUCUUGGCAAUCGAGGACCCAAGGAGUCUGUAGGUGAGGCUGGGACUCAGGAAAGCACAGCCACUGCUGCCACCAUUACCACCGCCUUCACACGCCCAAAGAAACCCAAACCGGAGACCCAAAGGAAGGGCCGAGCCAAGACUAGGCAUCAUCGGUUAGUGGUGAAGAGGCAGGCAGAGGGCGUGCGAGGAGACCCUGACAUCUCUCUUCAGCAUCUCCACCGUCGGCCUAAGCCUCCCCUUAUGCAUGGGGUCAGAAACAGUGCAUCGGAGGACAGCAUCCAAAACAGUGGAGGUGACCCUUACUGGGAAGGAGAUACAUUUCACCCCCAAGGAGGAUUGCCUGUCUUGUACUUCUCAGGGAGGCUGGAGAGGCUGCUGCUGCGUCCAGAAGUGCUGGCUGAGAUUCCCCGGGAGGCGUUCACAGUGGAAGCCUGGGUUAAACCAGAGGGAGGACAGAACAACCCAGCCAUCAUAGCAGGUGUGUUUGAUAACUGCUCCCACAUUGCCAGUGACAAGGGCUGGGCCCUGGGGAUCCGUUCAGGGAAGGACAAGGGAAGGCGAGAUGCUCGCUUCUUCUUUUCCCUCCGCACCGACCAUGUGAAGAAAGCCACUGUUGUGACUGGCCACAGUCGCUACCAACCAGGCAUGUGGACACACGUGGCAGCCACUUACAACGGACAGCGAAUGGCCCUGUAUGUGGAUGGAACUCAGGUGGCCAGUAGUUCAGACCAGUCUGGUCCCCUGAACAGCCCCUUCAUGGUGUCCUGCCGCUCUCUGCUCCUGGGGGGUGAUAACUCUGAGGAUGGGCACUAUUUCCGUGGACACCUGGGCACAAUGGCCUUCUGGUCAACGGCUCUCUCACAAAGCCACCUGCAGCACAGCCUAAAGCAUCCCAGUGAGGCGGAGGAGUUAACCACCCUGAUCCUGACAGCCAAUUUUGAGCCCCUGAAAGAACAGUGGGCCCCUUUUAGAGAUGAGAAGUUCCCACGUCUUGAAGUUCUCCAGGGCUUUGAGAUGGCUCCUGAGAUUCUGUCACCUCUGCAGCCCCCACUCUGUGGGCAGACGGCUUGUGACAAUGUGGAACUGAUCACCCAGUAUAAUGGACACUGGCCCCUCCGGGGAGAGAAGGUGAUACGCUACCAGGUGGUGAACAUCUGCGAUGAUAAGGGCCGGAACCCCACUGUGAGCGAGGAGCAGAUCAAUCGGCAGCACGAGGCGUUGAACCAGGCCUUCAGCCGCUACAACAUCAGCUGGCAGCUGAGCGUUCGCCAAGUCCACAACUCCACCCUGCGCCACCGGGUUGUGCUCGUGAACUGUGAGCCUAGCAAGAUUGGCAAUGACCAUUGCGACCCCGAGUGUGAGCACCCACUCACGGGCUACGAUGGGGGAGACUGCCGCUUGCAGGGCCGCUGCUACUCCUGGAACCGCAGAGACGGACUCUGCCAUGUGGAGUGCAACAACAUGCUGAACGACUUUGACGACGGUGACUGCUGUGACCCGGAGGUGGCCAAUGUGCGCAAGACCUGCUUUGACCCUGACUCGCCCUGGAGGGCAUACAUGAGUGUGAAGGAGUUGAAGGAGGCCCUGCAGCUCAACAGUACUCACUUUCUGAAUGUCUACUUUGCCAGCUCAGUUCGGGAAGACCUUGCAGGUGCAGCCACCUGGCCCUGGGACAAGGAAGCCACUAGUCACCUGGGUGGUGUUGUCCUCAACCCCGCCUAUUAUGGCAUGCCUGGCCAUACCAACAUCAUGAUCCAUGAGGUGGGGCAUGUCCUGGGACUCUACCAUGUCUUCAAAGGGGUCAGUGAAAGAGAAUCCUGUGAUGACCCCUGCAGGGAAACGGUGCCAUCCAUGGAUACAGGAGACCUCUGUGCUGACACCCCCCCCACUCCCAAGAGCAAGCUAUGCCAGGACCCGGAGCCUACCAAUGACACCUGCGGCUUCACCCACUUCCCAGGAGCUCCAUUCAGCAACUACAUGAGCUACACAGAUGAUGACUGCACUGACAGCUUCACCCCUAAUCAAGCGGCCCGAAUGCAUUGCUAUUUGGACCUUGUGUACCAGCAAUGGAGUCAAAGCAGAAGGCCUACCCCCAUUCCUAUUCCACCCAUGGUCAUUGGGCAAACCCACAAGUCCCUCACUAUUCACUGGCUGCCUCCAAUUAGUGGAGUUGUGUAUGACAGGGACCUAGGAAGUCUGUGUGGAGCCUGCACUGAAGACGGGACGUUCCGUCAGUACGUACACACAGCUUCCUCCCGGCGAGUGUGUGACUCCUCAGGUUACUGGACUCCAGAGGAGGCUGUGGGGCCUCCAGAUGUAGAUCAGCCCUGCGAGCCGAGCUUGCAAGCCUGGAGUCCCGAGCUCCACCUGUACCAUAUGAACAUGACGGUCCCCUGCCCUCCGGAAGGCUGUAGCCUGGAGCUGCUCUUCCAGCAUCCGGUCCAUGCCGACACCCUCACCCUAUGGGUCACCUACCUCUCCAUGGACUCCUCCCAGGCACUCUUUGACACGGAGAUCUUGCUGGAACACCAGGAGUCUGUGCACCUGGGCCCCUUAAAUACUUUCUGUGACACCCCACUCACUAUCAAACUUCAUGUUGAUGGGAAGGUUUUGGGGGUGAAAGUCUACACCUUUGAUGAGCGGAUGGAGAUUGAUGCAGCCCUCCUGACUUCUCAGCCCCACAGUCCUUUGUGCUCUGGCUGCAGGCCUGUGAGGUACCAGGUUCUCCGCGAGCCCCCAUUUGCCACUGGCUUGCCCAAGGUGGUGACACACCCUCGCAGGAAGUUCACAGACGUGGAGGUCACACCUGGACAGACGUAUCAGUACCAGGUUCAGGCUGAAGCUGGAGCAGAACUGGGAGAAGCUUCACCUCCUUUGAUCCAUAUCCAUGGAGCUCCUUACUGUGGAGAUGGGCAGGUGGCAGAGAGAUUGGGGGAAGAGUGUGAUGAUGGAGGCCUUUUGAGUGGAGAUGGCUGCUCGAGGACAUGUAAACUGGAGGAAGGCUUCAACUGUGUAGGGGAACCAAGCCUGUGCUACAUAUAUGAGGGAGAUGGGAUAUGUGAGCCUUUUGAGAAGGAAACCAGCAUCUUAGACUGUGGGCUGUAUACUCCCAAAGGAUACUUGGAUCAGUGGGCUACCCAAGCUUACUCCUCUCAUGAAGACAAGAAGAAAUGUCCUGUUUCCUUGGUAACUGGAGAACCUCAUUCCAUGAUUUGCACAUCAUACCAUCCAGAUUUACCUGAGCACCGUCCCCUCACUGGCUGGUUUCCCUGUGCCACCAGUGGAAAUAGACCUCAGCAUGAAGGGAGUGAGCAGCCAGAAGGUAGCCUGGGGAGAGAAGAUGAGGUUUGGCUCAAAGUGUGUUUCAAUAAACCAGGAGUGGCCACAGCAAUUUUCAUUUUCUUAACAACUGAUGGCCUGGUCCCUGGCGAGCAUCAACGGCCAACAGUGACCCUCCAGCUAACUGAUGUCAGUGGAAGCAACCACUCUCUUGGAACCUACCAACUGUCAUGCCAGCAUAACCCACUGGUUAUCAAUGUGACCCAUCACCCAAAUGUCCUCUCCCACCAUACCACCUCAGUGCUGCUGAAUUUCUCAUCCCCAUUGGUGGGCAUCUCAGCGGUGGCUCUAAGGACAUCCUCCCACAUCAGCCCUGCAGCUCCCAAUAACUGCAUCCCCAAGCACAAGGGGCAAGAUUAUCAGGGACAGAGCUGUGUCCAUCAGCCUUGCGGGGAGCAGGGCAGCUGUGCACCAUUGCUGCUUAAUCACACGGAUGCGGUGAAUUGUACCUCUGGUGGCCCAGGUCACAUGAAGUGUGCUGUCACCUGUGAACGGGGGUUUGCCCUUCAGGCCAGGAGCGGGCAGUACCUCAGGCCCAUGCAGAAGGAAAUUCUGCUCACGUGUUCCUCUGGGCACUGGGACCGGGCUGUGAGUUGCAUGCCCCUUGACUGCGGCAUUCCAGACCAGUCUUUGGUGAACUAUGCAACCUUUUCCUGCUCAGAGGGAACGGACUUUCUCAAACGCUGCUCAAUCUCCUGUGUCCCACCAGCCAAGCUUCAAGGACUGAGCCCGUGGUUGACCUGUCUUGAAGAUGGGCUCUGGUCCCUUCCGGAAGCCUACUGCAAGUUGGAGUGUGAUGCCCCUCCUGUUAUCCCCAACGCCAACUUGCUCCUGCCUCACUGCCUCCGGGGCAACCAUGACGUGGGCUCUGUCUGCAGAUACGAAUGCAAACCAGGCUACUACGUGGUAGAAAGUACGGAGAGUAAAGUCAAGAAAAAGUUCCUAAAGAUACAGUGCCUGGAGAGUGGAAUCUGGGAGCAAGGCAGCUGCAUUCCAGUGGUGUGUGAGCCCCCUUCUCCCAUCUUUGAAGGCAUGUAUGAGUGUACCAAUGGCUUUGAGCUGGACAGCCAGUGUGUACUCAACUGUAACCAGGAAAGUGAAAGGCUUCCCAUCCUCUGCACUAAGGAGGGACUGUGGACCAAGGAGUUUAAGUUGUGUGAGAACCUACAAGGGGAAUGCCCACCACCUCCCUCAGAACUGAAUUUUGUGGAGUACAAGUGUGAACAGGGAUAUGGGAUCGGUGCAGUGUGCUCCCCGUCGUGUGUAAUCCCCCCUAGUGAUCCCGUAUUGCUGCCGGAGAACAUCACUGCCGACACUCUGGAGCACUGGAUGGAACCUGUCAAAGUCCAGAGCAUUGUGUGUACUGGGAGGCGGCAGUGGCACCCAGACCCCUUCCUGAUCCACUGCAUUCAGUCAUGUGAGCCUUUCCAAGCAGAUGGUUGGUGUGAUACUAUCAACAACCGGGCCUAUUGCCACUAUGAUGGAGGAGACUGCUGCUCUUCCACACUCUCCUCCAAGAAGGUCAUUCCAUUUGCUGCUGACUGUGACCUGGAUGAAUGCACCUGCCGAGACCCCAAGGCAGAAGAAAAUCAGUAACUGUGGGAUCCAGCCCCUCUCUCCACUGCCCUGGAGGCAGUAAGAAAGAGAGGUCACCACCCCAGGAGGAAACAAAGGGUGAAUGAAGAAGAAAGGUCAUGAAAAGAAGGAAGAAGAGUGUGUAGGAAUGCAAGAGGAUAUUUAUUGCAUCAAGUGGCCCAAGUAGGGAAGGAUCAUAGGCAAAAGUUUCUUCAAAGUGACUGUUGAUUAAAAGUGGAAGGGGAGAUAUGAUAGAUAUACAAGGACCCUCCUCCUUCAAUUAUAUUCUACUCAACCCCCAUUCUCAACUCUUGCCCUACUCCCCACUCUGCACUCUGCCAACUAUUCAGCCCCACCCAACUUGUAAACCAAUACCAAAA